AUGCUUCGACAACCAUGCGCUCUCCACCACUGGAGACGCGGUGCUGCGCAGUGGCGCUGUACGGCGAGUGUGACGGUGCGACGGCUCACAAGUUGCGUGUCGCAGGCGGUUCCGACGUCGUUUGGCGGCAAAGCCGAUGCAUUGGAGGCGUCCAUCAUGCGCAUGCGCAACAUUGGCGUCGUGGCACACAUCGACGCCGGCAAGACAACCACCACCGAGCGCAUGCUCUUCUACGCGGGCAUGCUGAAGCGCGUCGGUGACGUUGAUAGCGGAACGACCACGACGGACUUCAUGAAGGAGGAGGUGGACCGCGGCAUCACGAUUCAGUCCGCCGCUGUCUCACUGCGGUGGCGAGGCCAUGACAUUCACCUCAUCGACACACCCGGCCACAUCGACUUUACAGUGGAGGUGGAGCGGGCGAUGCGGGUAGUGGAUGGCGUUGUUGCGCUAUUUGACGCGUCCGCCGGGGUGCAGGCGCAGAGCUACACAGUGUUACGUCAAAGCAGAAAGUUCGGCAUCCCUGUUAUUGGAUUUUUGAACAAGAUGGAUAAGUACAACGCGGACUUCAAGAAAUCCGUGGAGUCCAUCCGCAUGAAGCUUGAGGUGGAGCCUCUGUUGCUGCAACUCCCACUCGUGGCCGAGGACGGUAGCUUUGACGGCGUAAUGGAUGUGAUCGAGAUGACGGCGUGCCGUUUCGGCGGCAACCACGGCUCUGACGUUGAGUUGAAGGACCUGCGUGUGCCGGGCAGCGAGCCGGAGCAUCUCGUGCAGUCUGCACUGGCGGCGCGCCACGCGCUCUUCUCUACACUGACCGCUCUCGAUGACGCUCUGUCGGACGCCGUCAUUGCCGCACUCGACGCGGCCGACGGCGACGAGCAGAAGGCUGAGGGUCUCGUGCCGUGCGAUGUGCUGCGGGCGGCGAUUCGGCGUCAGACGCUGCGGCAAGAUGUCGCGCAGCCCGUCAUGCCGGUGUUGUGCGGGGCCGCGCGACGCGAUCAAGGUGUGCAGCCGCUGCUUGACGCCGUCACGCACUACCUGCCGUCGCCGCUCGACCGCCCGCUCACCGGUUACGCACGUGAUAGACGAGUGGUGCAGCUUCCGCCCGUCACCACUGCGCCACACGUGCCUGUUGUGGCGCUGGCGUUCAAAGUGACACACGCGAUGAAUCCAAAGGGACGGCGACAGCCGUUGGUAUUUUUUCGUGUGUAUAGCGGUAAGCUGACGCCCAGGUCGGUACUUGUUAACAACAACAACAAUCGUCACGAGAACAUUGAGAAGUUGUAUGUGAUGCAUGCCAACUGUCCAGUAGAGGUACCACACCUUAUCGCUGGAGAGAUUGGUGCGGCUUUCAUGCAAAACACAAAAACAGGCGCCACGCUUUUACGCGCACCACUACACAUUCUAUCUGGUGAUAGGGACCCAGCAAGUGAAGUUUUUACACUGGAGGGUAUUGACGCUCCACCGCCUGUGAUCUCAUUCUCUGUUGAGGCUGCCACAAAACAGCAGAUUCCCCUCUUGGAGUCGGCGCUGCAGGAGCUGAGUUUCGAAGAUCCAAGUCUUCACGUACACAAGAAUGACUUUGGGCAGAUGGUGUUGAGUGGCAUGGGGGAGCUUCACCUUGAGAUCAUUAUGUCGCGGUUGGAAAAUGAGUAUCAGCUCAAAUGCCAGCUUCUGCGUGCAAUUAUAGAGUACCGUGAGGUGGUCAGAGAGUCUGUGGAGCUGCAGCACGUGGUAGGGAUGUACAACGAAGUUCCAUAUGUGGCGUGCUCACUGCUUUUGCGGCCGCUGCUUGAAGCGGAUGAUUCCUGCGCCCCAAACCAGACAUGCCAGUUUGUGGUAGACGAGACCCUCGCCGAGGAUUUCCUUAAUGCAGCAGCCAUAGCCGCUGCCGGCUCCCCCGGUGAUCGCCGUCGCCGCAUGGAGGACCAUCGGCGCAACGCCAAGGAGGAGCUGCGGCUUAUCACCUCGGUGUUCACCAGUGCCGUCACGGAUUGCUCCUACUUGGGGCCACUCGCUGGCCUGCCGCUCCACGGCGUGCAGGUGGUGCUGACGUCGUUCAAGAAAAUCGGUGGCACACAGCUGGCGGAGCGGCCUCUCUCGCAGGCAGCCCGCUCCCUCGUGUUGGAGUUGUUCCGCUCCGUCCCCAAGGCAAGUCUUGCCGCACUUGAGCCGAUGAUGGAAGUAGAGGUGCACCUGUCCGAGUCAACCUACAUUGGGAGCGUCGUGAGCUCCUUGAACGAGCGAAAGGCCAUCACAGUCGACGUACAAGAUGAUGGGAAAUCGGUUAAGGCAAUUCUUCCGAUGCGUAACAUUGUCCGCUACACGAUGGAGCUGCGGAAGGCAGUGAAGGGGCACGCCAACCUUUACACACGCCUGCAUCACUACCGAGUGAUAGAGGAUAAAGUUGUGUUAACGCGGAUUAUGAAGAAUUUGGGCAUCUAUGAGGACUAG